AACACCCAACACUUACGUUACUCAUAUAUUGACAACCGACUUCAUCCCCAUCUCCAUCUUCCUCUUCCUUCUUGGUCUUCAUCUUGGUCUUCCUGUUUUAACACAGACGAUUGAAGGAAGAGAAAAGGUUAAAGAUGGAGGAGCAUCACAGCAUAAGUAUGCUUGAGAUAGCUCGAAUCUAUUAUGAGACGAGCACUCCGUCAACGAACCUCAAGCAACUGGCACGAGACUUUUUCAAUUCAAUCGAUUACGACAAAGACGGAGAAGUGAGUCUGUGUGAAUUCUUGAACUACAUGAAGGAGAAAGGGCUCAUAAACAUGGGAAAUCGAUACGUUUUCAACGCGCUCGACGUGAACGGUAAUGGAAGUCUGGAUUUCAUGGAGGUGAUGGCUCUGUACUACAUCAUUAAGAGUGGAAGACCUUUCUGUGGAGGAUGUGGUAACUUCAUACCAGGGAUGUUCUUCAGUUGUUCGAUAUGUUUCGACAAUGAAGACGACACCUUCAGCGUUUGCCCCAUGUGUUUUAGCAAUGGAAAUAAAAGUUACAUCCAUCAGCACAAGCCUAUCCAUUUCUUGGAUAACUUUGCUUUGCUUGAAGCUAAGAGAAAGGUGGCUAUGGCCACUAGAAAGGCACCUCCCCCAAAAGAUCAUAAGAAAGAGUGGAUGUGGCGGGUCACAUUACUUGAGUCGGGACUCAAUAUGAUUGGCGGUGCAGUUGGCAAUGCGGCUGGUGCUAUCGGUGGCGCUAUGGCUAUGGCUGGCAGCUGUAAUAUUAUGUGAGCGACAUCCACACCAAUUUGUUCUUAAUUUCCUCAUUUUUAUUACUAUAUGAUUGUAAAACUUUAUAAUUAAAACUCCAAAGAAGAUUAAAGUCUUGUUUACGGUUUGUGUGCAUGCAUGUUAAGUUGUACAAUGUAUUAACUCUAGUGUUUGUUUAAUUAUCAAUUUGUGUGCUUUUUUAA